CAUCAACAAGUGAAAGCCAAAGGUAACUGGAAAUCGUCCUUGGUUAAAUGCAAGUUCUCUUGAUAGAAAUUGGAUUUAAUACAUUAUUUUGCGAAGUGAGUGCGUAAGUGCGGAUAAAUUUCGUGGUUCGCAAUAAUUGGAAUUGAACUUCAUUCAUUUUUUUAAGGAUUUCAGGGUUACUAUAAAGAAGUAAUGGUAUUCAGCUGCCGCUUUGUCCUAUUACAGUUUAUUGCCUGAUUCAUCCCCAGUGACUUAAAGAGGAGUUCGUCAAUAGUUCCUUUUUGCAUGCGAGCCCCCCGAAUAUCCGAGUAUCGAUAGUUCAGGAAAUGUAGUGCGUUGAAAGCUUUUUGUCAUUAUUAUGGUGAGAGUUAAAUUAUCUACUCAAAACAUGAUGUGUCCGAUUUCUGGAUUAUGUCAGUUGCUUAUUAUAAUAUUUACGUUACUGUUAAUUGGUCAUACUGUGGUCGUCAGAGCGCUGAGCGUUAAAUUUGAUCCCAAGAAUGUAACGGUUUAUAUGAGCGAUUUUAUCCCGGUAAACUACACCAUCGAUACGGGCGGCGAGUUAGAUAACGAAGAUGAGUGUAUACUUUACAGCGAAAAUCCACACAUAGCUUUUAUAGAUAAAGAAAUAAUAUUGAGUACUUUAUCACCUCCACGUGGAACCUUCAACAUAUCCGGGAAUUUUUUGGGACAAACAGUAGUGUCCUGUAGAAAUAUAAAUACUGGUAUUAGCUCGUCAGAACAAGUUGCGGUAAAAUGUUUGAGGAAAAAGCGGAUAAUUGAUCAAAUUUUCACCGCUUCCACCGCAGCUCUUGUCGCGAUAAUCUAUAUCAACUUUGGGUGUGUUGUAAAAUGGAACGAGCUAAAGAAUCUGUUGAAAAAACCCAUCGGGCCGACUAUUGGAUUCUGUGGACAAUUUGUUAUUAUGCCAGUGCUCAGCUAUGUAAUUGGUUUCCUACUUUUCCCAGACGAUCCAGAAAUGCGUCUCGGCAUGUUUUUCACAGGGGUUUCUCCCGCCGGCGGGGCUUCCAAUAUUUGGACGGCUAUAUUAGAAGGCAAUAUAGAAUUAUCCAUUUUGAUGACCACUAUUAGCACCAUAGCCGCAUUCGGGAUGAUGCCUUUGUGGAUAUUUACUCUAGGAAGGACCAUUUUCGAGCAAGCGGAUUUGGAAGUUCCAUACUCCCAAAUUUCCACCUAUGUAUUUGCCUUAGUAAUCCCACUCGGAAUAGGCUAUUUGAUCACCAGAUAUCUGAACAGAGUGGGUCAAUUUAUGGCGAGAAUAUUAAAAGGCUUUUCUUCGCUUUUAAUAUUGUUUAUUAUUAUAUUUGCCAUCGUUACAAAUUUAUAUUUGUUUGAACUAUUUUCGUGGAGGAUUGUUGUUGCCGGUAUGGGUUUGCCAUGGGUUGGAUAUAUGUUGGGUUAUGUGAUGGCAAAAAUUUUAAGGCAGCCAGCACCCGAUUGUCUCGCCAUAGCGAUUGAAACUGGAAUUCAGAACACUGGAAUAGCAAUAUUUUUAUUAAGGUUUGCUUUGGAACCGCUACACGCAGAUCUCACAACAGUUGCUCCAGUAUCAGUCGCAAUUAUGACACCAUUUCCCUUGAUGUUGGUUUUCAUUUACAAAAAACUUCGAGAAAGGUUUUAUCCGUACAAAAAGUCUGAAACUAUGCAGGAUUUGUGUGAAAGAAGAAAACAAGACAAUAAUAAUCUGAAUCACAUUGUUCAUAAGCGCCAAAACAGCACUUCACCAUGUUUAGACUAGGAAACGUUAAUUUUAUUUGUUUGUACA